UGAUAAUCAGUGGAAGAUGUUCAUUUGUUAUCAUUACAGCACUAGUUAUCUUGCCCUCUAUGCUCUUAACUGACUUGAGUAUACUAUCUUAUGUCUCUGCCAUGGGAGUGUUUACUUGCAUUGUCAUAGUUGGCUCCAUUUUCUGCGUUGGUGCACUUGGUGGCGUUGGAUUUCAAGCGAAGGGAACGUUGUUAAAUGUGGAUGGCAUUCCUACUGCAGUUAGCUUAUAUAUUGUUUGCUUUGGCGGACAUCCUGCGGUCCCUUCAAUAUAUAUUACCAUGAGAGAAAGAUAUCAUUUCAGUAAGGUUUUAUUGUCUAGUUAUAGUAUCACAAUGCUAACUUACAUGCUAACAGCUGUUGUGGGGUAUCUCAUGUAUGGAGACAACGUAGAAUCACAAAUAACACUGAAUCUACCAAGUGGAGAAGUUGGUGCAAAAGUGGCUAUAUAUUUCACUUUGCUUAUUCCAAUUACAAAGUACACAUUAGUGAUAACCCCAGUUGCAACUGCCCUUGAACGUGAGCUAUCUGCAAAUUACAGGAAUUGGAGACCUUUACGAAUGCUUAUUCGAAUUGGAUUGCUUACGAGCACGGCAAUUGUGGCACAUGUAUUUCCAUAUUUUGAAAACCUCAUGGCCAUUAUCGGUUCUAUAUUUGUUGUGGCAGCUUCAUUUGUACUCCCAUGCUUGUGCUAUUUGAAGAUUGUUGUUUCACUCAAUGGUUGGAGCAAUAAGUUGAUGGGUGUUGUAGCAAUAAUAGUAUUUGGAAGUGUAGCAGGAAUUUUAGGGACCUAUUCAGCCUUUGUUGACCUUUAA